GUAGUAGGUGCGUCACUUUUGUUGCCAAACGAAUUCGCUACAAAAUGUUUGACUUUGUCUAACAUGAUGUAUUAAAAAGAGAUAGUCAGAUCAUAUUGGCUCAUUCCUAUUUUCUCAUUUUUUGUUUUAGUUUUAAUUUUUUGUUCAACAAUUUUUAACAAUUUAUCAUGUUCAAAUAUUAUUCUUUGUUUGUGGCGUAGAGUUUAUGUUUGUAGUUCCCGUCUUUAUUUCUGCAAGUCCUUUUUAAUUAUGUUAUAUUAAUAUAAGUACUUUUGAUGUUGUUUUGAUAAUUGUUUCGUUAAUGUUCAUUUGUUGUGUUUAUCUGAAGCCAGAGCUAUUUAUGGAAUCAAGAUGAUCAAAAGGCCCACAACGCCUCAUUCAAAAAAAGUCAUACAGCACUAUGACAACAUCCUUGAGGAAAAGGAUACUCUAUUUAGAAAUGUGGAAACAAUUGCAGGCAUGGCUGAAACCCAAAUGGAAAUUUUAAAUCGCAAAUAUCAAGCCUCCUUAUCUAAACCGGAAGCUUUGUCAGCGUAUUUAACAAAAAUCGUUAGCUUGUUAAACGCAACCAAUUGUUUGGUAUUCGAAUUUUUAGAAACAGAAAACCCACCAUUUCCUGUUGAACCAGAUAACAAUCAUUCAUGUGGCUCAAUUAGAGAGUGCUAUAAACAAGGACCGGUCAAUAAGGGCUACUCAAAUAUUCCCAAUAAUGAAACUAAUAUUAUAGCCCGUAGAAUUUUGAAGAAUAUUUCUGCAACUUCGGAUCCGGCAUUAAAUUUACCAGCCAUUGAAAAUGGUAGAACUUCAAGUCCACCAACUUUGUGUUCAAAUGGGACCAAUUUAAGUACCUUGUCUUAUACUCAAGGUGAAGAUCCUUUGAAAGUGAAUGGCGAUUCAAAUCUGAUAAAUUUAGAAUCUCCCAUAGGCUCUAGUAGUAAAAUAAUAGAGCUAGAGGAUGAAUUGCCCAAAAAUGACUUGCCAAAAAAAGAAACUAUUGUUUUAAAUCAACCUUCCAGCAAUACAGGCGCAAUAAAAAGACAACCAUCUACAACAAAUUCGUAUACACAGGGUUGCGACAAGGUGUCUUCUUGGUUAAAUAAGACUGAAUCUAAUGAUAUACGUAGUAAUAUUGUUGAAAAAAUGUAUCAAGUUAAAAGGGAGGAAGCCAAGGUAACUAUGCCAGAGAUAAAAUUUGUGCCUUAUGUACCUCCGUCUGUUGAAAGUGAUGGCAGCUCUUCGGGAAAGAGCCGGAAAAAAAAGUCACAACUUAGGAAGAUGAAUAAGGAUUUUGAAAUCCCUGCAAUGGAUGUACCAGCAGAAGGAUCUACCUGUGUAUUCAGCCAUAUAGUGUCGCCUCAAGAAUUCUAUUUGCAAAUUAUACAUCCCACAAGCUCUAGGAACUUGGACUUGAUAGAUGAAAGUUUAAAUAAAGUAGGCCAAAGAAAUAAAGCCUUUGUAUCUAAGCAGGAGGCUCAAUCGACAUUAGGAAAAUAUUGUUCUGGAUAUUUUGCUGGUAAAAAUAAUUUGAGUCAAUGGUUCAGGCUUCAAAUAAUUGAUUGGAAGUUGGACACAGUUAAUGAUGAAGUUAUAGUACAAUCUAUAGAUUAUGGAUUUAUCAUGAAUAUUUCUUAUAAAUUUCUCUGCGAAUUAACAUUGGAUUUGGCUAAGAUUCCGAAGUUGGCCAUUAAAUGCCAUUUUCCAUGUGUAUACCCGAUUGGUUCCACUCCCAGUAACCUACUCAGUGAUUGGCCAAAAUCCACAAUAGACGUUUUCUAUGACAUGGCAAACUUAAACAAAGACCCUCUGGAAAAUGUUGCUAUAGAGGACGUAAGACUUUUCGAAAUCACUUUUGCGGAUUCUUUGGGAGUUGAUUUGAUAGCAGUGCCUCGUGAUGGUGGAGAUUCUAUAGUGUCGGACCUUAUAGAUAUGGGGUUAGCCAAAGAGAUUAUAGACUCCGGAGACGAUCCAUAUCUGGCCGAAAUGAUCCAAGACUUGGACGAAUUAGAUGUGGCAGACAACGCCAACGAAUACAUUUUGGGGUACGAUGCGAGAGACGAAGCGAGAGUGUGCAAAUUCACGAGGGCGGAUGGUACCUGUUUCAAAGGAAGGAAUUGCAAACUCGACCAUGUCCAGUUAAAAGAUGGUUACACAACAGACAAAUGCCCCACAUAUUGCAACACCCUAAGAGAUAUCAUUUUACCUCAAAUAUCUGAAGAAAUUCAAGUGUUUGUAACCGGAUACAUCGACUCUUGCACCUACACCGUUCAAAUGAUCAGAAAUCCUGUCAACUUUGAAAACACAAACAUUAUAGUGGAUAAAGAUCUGGCAGAUCUAGUGAGGAACAUGAACGAUCCGAAAAUAAUAGGCACUUAUGUUGCAUUCAAAACGUUACCGGCUAUUGGCGAGUUGAUUUUAGCUUAUAAUCCUAUUGCGAAGAAAUGGAUGAGGACUGUUGUUAGGGGUUUUGAGGAACUUGACCCUGUUUUCAUUGAGGUAUCUCCAAUAGAUUUCGGUGGCGACUUUAGAAUAAGCAUUAAAAAUAUCAGAAUGAUGAAGGAACAAUUUUUGCAUCUUCCUCGUCAGUCCUUCCAAAUCUACUUAGACAAUUACCAGCACAAAAAUACAUGUGAUAAUAAGAAGGCGAACAAAUUUUUCGAAAUACACAUAUUUCAAAAGUCUUUUAUAGCACGAAUUCUAACUCAAGGACUUCCGGUUAAAGUGAAAUUAAUGACCCUGAAAGGCAGAGAAAUUGGACACACUUUGGUCAGAGAAGGUUUUGCCGAACCAAGAACUGUAGAUAACCAUUUGUCGGAGGAUACAAGUGUAACACGAAACUUGAUUUUAGAUUGAUAAUUAAUUAAAUAAAUAGAUUUUAAACAAAUUAAUAGGUAAUUGCGACAAUCUUCAUAAAAAGAAGCUGUUUUGUUUUUAGUUUUGUGGUGUUAAUAAUUUUGUUAUUUUUUACAUUAGGGUAUUUUGUAUAUUGAAAAGAAUUUUAUAUGUUAUGUUUAUAUUUAGGUAUUUCGUUUAUUGAAAAGCAUUUUGUACUUAUUAGAAACUAUGGAUUUUAUGAAA